UUCACUUCGUUUAAUUCACCUUGAAUCAUUUUCAAUCUUUCGUGCAUUCAGUAUCAAGGAAUAUUAACUAUUAUUAAUGAAUGAUGAAAUUUAGAUUAUUGCCGAGCCAUCAAACUGGAAUUCCUUCGCCUAAACAAGCAGAUGUUUUAUUUUAUUAAUGAUGUAGGCUUCAAAAAUAAAAAUUCACAUAAAUUCUCAGGAUUUAAAAAUGUGAUGAGUUUUAUUCUACUGGAAGACAUAUGUUGAAAUAUUCAAUUUUCCAUGGAAUUAAUAUUUGUAGUUUGUCAUUUCUAAUAUGGUUUAUAAGCCAGCUUCCACUACACGCUGUAAGUACUGGCGUACUGUGUGACAAUAUUCCAGGUUUAGUUGGUAGACAGAGGAGAUUGUGUCGACACCAUCUCGACGUUAUGGUCUCCCUUAGAAAAGGGGCACGUCUUGGGGUCGAAGAAUGUCAAAAUCAGUUCAAAGAUCAAAGAUGGAACUGCAGCACGUUAGACAGAGAUGCUUCGGUGUUUGGAAAAGUCAUGUUAAAAGGAAGUCGAGAAGCUGCAUUUGUCUACUCAAUAUCGUCAGCGGGAGUUGUCCAUGCUAUAACUCGUGCCUGUAGUAAAGGCGAUCUUCUUCAUUGUGCCUGUGACCCCACAAAGAGAGGUAGCAGCAAGGAUUCUAGGGGAGAGUUCGAUUGGGGAGGUUGUUCAGAUAACGUUAGGUUCGGAAGUCAUUUUGCUCGAAUGUUUGUUGAUGCUAAAGAAAGAAAAGUAAGAGAUGCCAGAGCAUUGAUGAAUCUUCACAACAACAGAGCUGGGAGACGGGCAGUAAAAAGAUUCCGGAAACUUGAGUGUAAAUGUCAUGGAGUGAGUGGAUCGUGUACUAUAAGAACCUGCUGGUUAGCUAUGCAGGAAUUUCGCCGGGUCGGGGACUACUUAAAACUCAAAUAUAAUGGUGCUACCCAGAUCAUGAUUAACCAGGCGGGCACUGGAUUAAUCGUGGCUAACAGAAAUCAUAAACGCCCCACUCGUUCUGAUCUGGUUUAUUUUGAAACAUCGCCGGAUUACUGUAUAAAAGAUAUUGAAAUUGGUUCUCUUGGAACAGCAGGUAGAGUUUGUAAGAAGGGUUCUCUGGGAACUGACGGUUGUGAUAUUAUGUGUUGUGGUAGAGGUUAUGAUACCAAAACUGAGAGAAAAUUAGAACAAUGUGAAUGUAAAUUUCAUUGGUGCUGUCUUGUUAAGUGUAAAGAAUGUUCACGGAUUGUUGACGUCCAUACCUGUAAGGGAACUCUUUCUUCAUCUCCGUCUUUUGUCUCUUCUUCAUCUUCUACAACGGAAAAAAUAGAGAGUCAAAAUCGACGGCAAAAGUGAACUUUAUAACUUGGAGAUCAUCAAUUAUGAAACAUUAAUAACAUAGCAGAAAUUAUUCGACUUAUGUGGGAAAAGUUAAAGCGCCAGUACUAGCUAUAUGUGGAUAUCGCAAGAUGGAGAUUACGAUGUGAAUUGGUUUUUUUUUCGUCGUCAACUAAACGAAUAUGAUGAUGUAGUAGGUCGAAUUAAUGUGACCUGAUGAACUUGAAACUGUGUCUUGUCCAGAAAUGGUGUCGAUUGUUUGUCGCGCAUCAUUCGAUUACAUAAUAAUAAUAUAAAGAAACAAGCUGAUUAAAACACAGAAUCUAUUUCGUUUCGUUUUUUUAAAGUUUAAAAUUUCGUUUUAUUUUUCUGUACUAUACUAGGAUCUGGAAGAGUUGUUACAUAACCUGCGUUCUGGAUGGCGUGAGGGAUUAGCUCGCAACUGUAGUUAAACCAUUAGAAACGUCAACGCUGAUUUAUUAAUCGUACGGUCCCCGACAUGACCUUCCAGUACAACUGGACAGAUCUUCAUGUAGUAUAAAAAAAAAACGAAACGAAAUAUAGAUCUGUAUUUAAAAUGAUCGUUAUUUAGAUUAUGUUGAAUAAAUUAAUUUAGUUUAUAAA